GGUGGCUGCAAAGGGUAAAAACGGUUGUACAGCGCGACACGUGAGUUCGCGGUCUGUUGUCGUUCAUGUAAAUUAAACAAACUAAAAAAAAAAUCGUACUUGUUUUAAGGCGCCUGCCCGGUAUAUCAGCUUAAAAUGAGCUCAAGAAGAAAUGAUACAGAGGAUGAGGACAGUUUGUUCCUCGAACGUGUUCUGGAUUCGCUUUAUGACUUCGGAUCAAAGCCAAAAAGGAAGAGUCAGAAAAAUACAAAACGCAAACGAAGUGAGGAGGAAGAGGAGCUUCCACCAGAGAAGAGCGCCUGCAGGGAUGAAGACCGUGAAGGAGGAGUUCAUGUUGAGACUGAACACAAAGGUCCAACCAGCCAGCAGGUGGAGGUCGUUACGUUCCAGGACCCCUCAAAAAAACUAAAACCAAACCAAACCCUUUCCAACAAAAUGCCCGCCCCUCAUACGUCUGACCAGAAGCAAAACGGCUACGGAAAACUCGGUUUGGAAAAGGCUCGUCUGGAGGUCCAUCGCUUCGGAAUCACCGGCUACAAGAAGGAGCAGCAGCGAGUUUUUGAGCAGGACAGAGCUGUAAUGCUGGGAGCCUGGCCUCCUAAGAAGGAUUACAUGAACUACAAGGCGCUUCAGCAGCAGCUAAAGGAGAAGAAGCAAAAAGAAAAGGAAGAGUAUCAGCCUGACAAGAAGAAGAAGAAAAAGAAGAGCAAUCAGAGGGACAGGAAGACACCGUCGUCCUCUGGUCUUGGUUCUGGUUCCACACUGGGUCAAGUGGGUCGGUUCAAGAACGGCGUGCUGGUUCUCAGCUCCAAGGAGAUCCACAAAAUCAAAGGCAAGAAGUGAGAGGAGAAGGAAGAAUAGAACACGUGUAUUCUGAGAGACGUCGCCUCACAGGCAGACAUGUUUUUAAAAUACCGACUUCCUGACACGUUUGUGGUCCGGAGUGAAACACGAGCCGGUGUCGCGACUCGCGGCCCAGUUCACGGACCCUCAAACUGGAUCUGGACUGUGUGAAGAUGGAACGCAGAAAACCGAAGACUCUUGACAGGUUAUGUGACAGUUAAUUUAUUUUAUUCGUUAUAAAUGACGCCAAAAGCGAGACAUUCUCACAUUUGUGGUUUUUUUUUUUUUUUUAAUGCAUAAACCAUUUAGUCAUACAAAACAUUUCCAUUGGCGGCAGGAACAGAGUCAGAAAAGGACACAAUUGAGGUAAUUUAUUUUCAUAAAGAAAUGAGCAUGUGUACAUCGUGAGAGAGCAGAAGCUGAUACAGUUUCUUCUGUUUUGACAGCUUCAGGAGAUUUUUUUUUUUUUGGGAUGUAAACACUGAAGUUUUAACAGACUUGAUAUUUAAUUUUUUUUGUUAAA